AUGGCUGCGAAGCGCAGUCUGCGGGUGCUGCCACUGGCUUUUGCAGGUGUGUUGUGGCUCUGCCGCUCAUCCCUUUCUCUUCUAGCAGGCGCUGCAGCACCUUUGUCUUUCGCCUUCCCCAGGGCCCGAGAUGCCGAGAAGAUGCGAUUAGCCAAGUACGAGACCGCAGACGGUAACCCAGUCAAUGCGCUGUUCAAGCCACAGAAAGACGAUGAGGACGAGGACAGCCUGGAGGAAACCACAGAAGAAAAAGUGAAAGCUGGCGCUAUUCUAUCGUCCUACGCUUUGGCCUUCGUGAUCCCGUUGGCCUUCCUGGCGGCCGUCAUCCUGUCAAUUUGGACGCCCGGCUCCGACGUAGAAAUCGGAGCAUCGAAGAGUUCCCCCUACCGCAGCAUGGGGGCGAUCUCGCGGUUUGACGACGAGAUGGACAAACAAAGGAGAGACUACGAGAAUCGCCCAGAAAAGGAGUACUGA